GUGGCGCAACGAGCAUUCUUAUCAUGAAAGUGUGCUUUUGAUAUAUAUUUUACUCACCUCCCACACAUUUCUCAGGAAACUGUUCUGUGGCGCUGAGGGAAACACAUUGGGACCACCUGCCUCACGUUCCUCAGUGGCACUCUUGUGUGGUACAGCAGCGUUACUUUCGUGUUAGUAAAAAAAAUAGCGAUUCUUUCUUCAGAGCACUGACGGAGUUGCUACGGAGAAACCCAUGGACUCACCAUCAGACAGCGCGCGCCCAGCCUGUUACAAGGUGAGCAGAUAAGAGCUGAGUUGGAGACAUGGCCUUUGUGUUGAGUCAACCUAACCAUGGGUCUCACAGCCUGGUAGUGUGUGGGUGCUACUACUAACAGAAAGGAACAUGGUAUUUGGGCCAUGUCUGGCAUGACGAUGAACAUGUUUAAGGUUGAGUCGGACUACAUUAACUGCACCAUCAGCCAUGAGAUCCACCAGUACCUGUUCUCUGGAGCCUACAUCCUGGUCCUUCUGAUCGGCGUGCCCACCAACGCCUUCUCCCUCUACCACGCCUGGCUGCAGCUGAGAGCCAAGAACGAGCUGGGGGUCUACCUGCUCAACCUGACCAUGUCGGACCUCCUCUACCUGGCCUCGUUGCCUCUCUGGCUGCAGUACAUCUUCCAGGGAGAUGACUGGAGCCAAACGGAGUGGCUGUGCCAACUGUGUGGCUUCCUGCUCUAUGAAAACAUCUAUAUUAGUAUAGGGUUCUUAUGUUGUAUCUCUAUAGACCGUUACCUGGCCGUGGUGUACCCGUUCCACUUCACAGCAUUCCGGAGCAUGCGGGCAGCUACAUUGGCCAGCGCGUUCAUCUGGCUGAAAGAGAUUGCCGUGGGCGUGGUCUUUUUCAGACACAAGGAACUAAGCACUGACCGCACCAACCAAUCGGUUUGCUUUGAGCACUACCCAAUGCAACCAUGGGAGUAUCCAAUUAACUACUACCGUUUCUCCAUUGGUUUCCUGUUCCCCCUGGGCAUCCUUUCCGUGUCGUAUUUCAGAGUCCUGCGGGCAGUCAGGAAGAGCACUGGCACUCAGAGCGCCCAGAAGACCCGCAUCAAGCACCUGGUGACCAGCACCAUUGUCAUAUUCCUGGUAUGUUUCUCUCCGUACCACGUGUUCCUGCUGCUGCGUACAGUCUUUGAGAGGGACUGCCCCUUCAUCAUCAGUAUCUUCAACUACUAUCACUUCUCCCUGCUGCUCACCAGCUUCAACUGUGUGGCUGACCCGGCGCUGUACUGCUUCGUCAGUGAGAGCGCCCAGCAGGGGAUCCAGCAGGCCCAGGAGGCCUGUACCCAGGCCCUCUGCUGCAGCUGCCACAGGGGACAGCAUAGCCCUGUUACCGCCACCACCACGGGGACAGACUCCAACGAGGUGGCCACCUCCAACGAGAAGGGGACAACAACCGUCACACCGCUGACACAGAACCAGAUGAUCUAGCAGUAAUGUAAAUAAUACAUGGGUUUUAUAAAGUUCUUUGGAAGGACCUAAAGAUGCUUGAAUAGUAGUCUAGGAGCUGGAACAAGAUUUGGAUAAGAGGGAUGGUGGGAAAGAUACUGACAGUGACAUGGAACAUUCUGCAACAAGUAUUAUGUUAUAGCAGUGCUACAACAGUGUUUUAAGGUAAUGUUUUUUGUUUUUAAUUUUUACAACACUUUCUUUUGAGAUAGUUUUGAACUCAAAACUAACUCUAUAUAUAGGUGAGCAAAUUUCUUCCUGUAACAUUUUGUUUCUAUCUCUCAUCACAUUAUUUAAUAUAAAUUCUCAGGGUUUUAAAUCCCAGACGGUGAUUUCAGGAGUGACUGACUUCAUACCUAUCAGCACAGAUCAGACAUAUCAACACGUGACCUAAUAUAUCUCUAUCGUAGGUCCUCUAGGAUUCUUGGGUUAGAUUCUUGCUGCUCAAUAUCUGUGAAUCGCUCCCAUUUCAGGGGUAUGUAAAGGAUACCUCAACUGAGCUCAGAUUCAUAAAUGACACUGUGUGUAGAGCAUAAACAAAAAUACAUACAAACAGUGAGCUCCAAAAGUAUUGGGGCAGUGACAAUUUCUGUAAUUCAGCACUUUGGAUUUUAAGUCAUACCCCACCAAAAAUGAUAACCUCCCCAGUUUAUUUGUAUUUAUUUUAUUUAUUUCACCUUUAUUUAACCAGGUAGGCUAGUUGAGAACAAGUUCUCAUUUGCAACUGCGACCUGGUCAUGAUAAAGCAUAGCAAUUCGACACAUACAACAACACAGAGUUACACAUGGAAUAAACAAAACAUACAGUCAAUAAUACAGUAGAACAAAAGAAAACAAAAAGUCUAUAUACAGCGAGUGCAAAUGAGGUAUGUUAAUGAAAUAAAUAGGCCAUGGUGGCGAAGUAAUUACAAUAUAGCAAUUAAACACUGGAAUGGUAAAUCGGCAGAAGAUGAAUGUGCAGGUAGAGAUACUGGUGUGCAAAGGAGCAAAAUAAAUAAAUACCAGUAUGGGGAUGAGGUAGGUAGAUAGAUGGGCUGUUUACAGAUAGGCUAAGUACAGGUGCAGUGAUCUGUAAACUGCUCUGAAAGCUGGUGCUUAAAGCUAGUGAAGGAGAUGUGAGUCUCCAGCUUCAGAGAUUUUUGCAAUUCGUUCCAGUCAUGGGCAGCAGAGAACUGGAAGGAAAGACGACCAAAGGGGGAAUUGGCUUUGGGGGUGACCAGUGAGAUAUACCUGCUGGAGCGCGUGCUAUGAGUGGGUGCUGCUAUGGUGACCAGUGAGCUGAGAUAAGGCGGGGCUUUACCUAGCAGAGACUUGUAGAUAACCUGGAGCCAGUGGGUUUGGCGACGAGUAUGAAGCGAGGGCCAACCAACGAGAGCGUACAGGUCGCAAUGGUGGGUAGUGUAUGGGGCUUUGGUGAAAAAACGGAUGGCACUGUGAUAGACUGCAUCCAGUUUGUUGAGUAGAGUGUUGGAGGCUAUUUUAUAGAUGACAUCACCGAAGUCGAGGAUCGGUAGAAUGGUCAGUUUUACGAGGGCAUGUUUGGCAGCAUGAGUGAAGAAUGUCUUGUUGCGAUAUAGGAAGCCGAUUCUAGAUUUAAUUUUGGAUUGGAGAUGCUUAAUGUGAGUCUGGAAGGAGAGUUUACAGUCUAACCAGACACCCACGUAUUUGUAGUUGUCCACGUAUUCUAAGUCAGAGCCGUCCAGAGUAGUGAUGCUGGACGGGUGAGCAGGUGCGGGCAGCGAUCGAUUGAAUAGCAUGCAUUUAGUUUUACUUGCGUCUAAGAGCAGUUGAAGGUCACGGAAGGAGAGUUGUAUGGCAUUGAAGCUCGUCUGGAGGUUAGUUAAUAACACAGUUUCCAAAAAGGGGCCAGAAGUAUACAGAAUGGUGUCGUCUGCGUAGAGGUGGAUCAGAGAAUCACCAGCAGCAAGAGCAACAUCAUUGAUGUAUACAGAAAAGAGAGUCGGCCCGAGAAAUUGAACCCUGUGGCACACCCAUAGAGACUGUCAGAGGUCCAGACAACAGGCCCUCUGAUUUGACACACUGAACUCUAUCAGAGAAGUAGUUGGUGAACCAGACGAGGCAAUAAUUUGAGAAACCAAGGCUGUCGAGUCUGCCAAUAAGAAUGUUGUGAUUGACAGAGUUGAAAGCCUUGGCCAGGUCGAUGAAUAUGGCUGCACAGUAAUGUCUCUUAUCGAUGGCGGUUAUGAUGUCGUUUAGAACCUUGGCCGUGGCUGAGUUGCACCCAUGGCCAGCUCUGAAACCAGAUUGCAUAGCGGAAAAGGUAUGGUGGGAUUCGAAAUGGUCAGUGAUCUGUUUGUUAACUUGGCUUUCGAAGACCUUAGAAAAACAGGGUAGGAUGGAUAUAGGUAUAUAACAGUCUGGGUCUAGAGUGUCUCCCCCUUUGAAGAGGGGGAUGACCGCGGCAGCUUUCCAAUCUUUGGGAAUCUCAGACGAUACGAAAGAGAUGAUAAACAGGAUAGUAAUAGGGGUUGCAACAAUUUUGGCAGAUAAUUUUAGAAAGAGAGGGUCCAGAUUGUCUAGCCCGGCUGAUUUGUAGGGGUCCCGAUUUUGCAGCUCUUUCAGAACAUUGGCUAUCUGGAUUUGGGUAAAGGAGAAAUGGUGGGGGCUUUGGUGGGUUGCUGUGGAGGGUGACGGGCAGUUGACCGGGGUAGGGGUAGCCAUGUGGAAAGCAUGGCCAGCCGUAGAGAAAUGCUUCUUGAAAUUCUCAAUUAUAGUGGAUUUAUCGGUGGUGACAGUGUUUCCUAGCCUCAGAGCAGUGGGCAGCUGGGAGGAGGUGCUCUUAUUCUCCAUGGACUUUACAGUGUCCCAGAACGUUUUUGAGUUAGUACUACAGGAUGCAAAUAUCUGUUUGAAAAAGCUUGCCUUAGCUUUUCUAACUGCCUGUGUAUAUUUGUUCCUAACUUCCAUGAAAAGUUGCAUAUCAUGGGGGCUAUUCGAUGCUAAUGUAGAACGCCACAGGAUGUUUUUGUGCUGGUCAAGGGCAGACAGGUCUGGCGUGAACCAAGGACUAUAUCUAUUCCUAGUUAUUGUAAUGGUGAGAGGUUAGCAUGUCGUGGGGGUAUAUUUAUGCCUCUAACUUUCUCUCUAAUCAUUCAUUCAGGUUUAUCUGUAAUCAUGGUUGCAUCCACAUUGAUGUUAAGUGUUAAGAAUCCUAUUCUAUUCUUACAAUAAAAGGACACAUUAUUCACCAUUCAUUUCUAUUGGGCACAAAAUAAUCUGAAACACAUUCAAAACAAACAGCAAAUGCAUCAAACAAGUUUAUACAGUUACAAUCUUAACCUAGUAAAGAUGUGCUAUGAAUAUUGGACCAAAUACAUAACUUUUUACUACUUUAUUACAGAUAUGAGUGAAUUUGUCAUCUGAAAUGUGGCUACUAUGUACAAAAGGUGCUGUAAUUUCUAAACAGUUCACCUGAGAAAAAUGGAAGAAAAUGCCCUCAAAUUAAAGCUGACAGUCUGCUCUUUAAUCUUCAUAGUCAUUGUAUCCUUUCAAAUCCAAAGUCCUGGAGUACGGAGCCAAAACAACAACAAAUGCGUCACUGUCCCAAUACUUGUGGAGCUGAGCUCACAUAAAUGCAUACAUCAUUUAAGCGCCUUAACAGAAAUUCAUUCAUUUUGAAUGUUAUGUUUUUUUCAUGCAUCUCUGAGUGAUGUUCUAUUGAUUCCCGGGUCAUUUCAUGUUUUAAUGUGUAUCUGAACUGUUGCCGUUCAAGCAGGCAGAAAUACAGCCAGUAUGAAUAGUUAUGCAUCAUUUAAAAGUUAUAUAUCUUGAAAACUUGAUUUCUGACAGGCAAAAUAUUGACUAUCAACAGUGCACCAAUUAAACAAAUACCAAAAGAUUAUUAUUAUUCCAGCGGAGUCCAGCUCAGUAGUACCCCAGAGGUCCUGACUUACUUGACUUCUUUGUGGAGCAUAGGUCGAUCACAAUGUUCUCCACCGCAUUCUCUUUCCCAGUGGCCUUCCCUGCCUCUAUUAAGGAUGUCUUAGUUGGAACAGCCCUAUGACGCUCCCAUCCCCAUGUCUUCCCAGGCUGUGUCCUGGCCACACAGCCUGAGUAUAUCCAGGUUAAACGACCCACAGGAGGACCAGCACAGCUGACCUCUCACCUUUCACACUGCACAGAUUUUUCCCCUCCUUACAUUGGUAUAAUUCUUUUCUGAAGUACCAGCUCUUCCCAAAGCAGAAGAACAUAGGAAAAGAGGCUUUUCAAUGGUGAAUGAGGCAGUUGUAAAUCACCUAAGGAUAGACUGGUUGUUCUCAGGAUGAUGAUGAAUUGGAACAUGUAAGGCAAACGUAGAGAUAUUCAGAGCUCAUAAAUCAUGGGUGAAUAACUUCAUACAGUAGGAGACUGUGUAACAAUAGUGUUGACUCAUAUGUCGCUAUCAGCCCAGGGUCUCUAAUGUUAUCAAAUAUUGUAUGUAUAUGUAUGCAUGUCAUUUUAACCACACAAUAAGAACAUAUUAUAUAUCUGUUGAGUAAUGUUCAAAGUCUAUUUUUGUAGAUAUGUCUUAACCAAUUCAUGGGUUUAAUGUUCUCUUCUCUUGUUGAAUUCUUGCUAUUUGAAAGAUUUGCUUUGUGGCCAUGUGGUUUUGCUUGACGUUAGCAGUGACACACUGUAUUCAGUGAUGCAGGAAAUGCAUUCUUGUUGCGUAGGAUAGUUGCUGUUACAUGACUUUUAUUCUACUACUGCUGAAGUUUGAACCCUUGAUGUUUUUCUUUUCAUUUGGUCUUAUUGGAAAUGUUCUCAGCACAUCUCUCAUAUUUACAACAUCAAUAUUAAAAUGCUGCCAUAAUGUGUCAGGA